GACCGCUGAUACCCGCACCACAUAUCCGCGGCCACAACCCAACGUUUUCGUGUGCGGACUUUCAGCGCAAAAACAUCAUAGUUAUUUAGACGGCUUCCCAGCGACGCAAAUUCAAAUGCCAACCAAUACGAAGUGACUCUCAUAGACUGGGAGUUAGCUGGAUGGUACCCUGGCUACUGGGAAUACUCCGUGGAAAUGGUGUGCAAGCAGAUGGGAUGAUGACUGGGACAAAUGGGUUGCCAAAAUCUUACAAUCUUUCGACGCGGAGUUUCCUUGGUUCAGGAUGUUUUAUCUGGAGUUAUGGUCCUGAUUUUGUUGUCAGCAAUACCCAUUUGGCUUCUUUUCCCUUUCUAUCUGGGUCGAUAUGGGUUUGGCAAACGCAGAAAGAGCGAGACGUUUUGAGGACAAGACUGGUUGAAUUCCAGUCUCUAUCCUCCUCAGAAGAAUGCCUGAGGAAGAAUCUUCUCAACCAAGCCAACGCCGGGAGCACUGUGCUUUACCCCGCCUUCUUUGACAGGAACUAAUCUUCCUGCACAAUACUCAAAGAGGAAGGCCUGCUGAGAGCCAACUGCUUCAAUUGGUUGCUUUAGCUUGGCACCUAGACAUAUCCGUGGCCGAUUUUGACCCAAAGAUGAGAUGCCCUUGAGCCCGCAACAAAUUGUAUAUAAAGCGUUUCUCAUCCCCCCGUCGAGGUAACCCAGACAUUUGCUCAUUUCACAAUGACAAA